AUGAACGCCAUUGCAAUAUUUGUGAUUGGAGUGUGCCUGUUUGCGGGGUUACCGUCCGGGGAUACCAAGCCCCUACCGGACCAAGAUGGGGCUCGGCGCGCCGAAACACGGCAGCAGUUGAGGCAAGCACCUGGAUUUCUCAAACUUGUUGAGAGUUCCAUCGAGGCGAAAGAGGUACUUGAUGAAGACAGUGUUGAGAUGGUCGCUGAUUGUCUGCAUGGUGAUUGCUCCGAGAUCUACGAGCUCAGACCUGAGCUGUUAACUUUGAUCAAACUGAUCAAUGAGAAUGACAGAAACGCUGGAGAAAGAUUAUCGCCGGCACAGACAAGAGGGCCUCACUUUGGUAGUCACGAAUCUAGUAGCCACCCUGAGCCCAUCUCUGAGGACAACAUAUCUGAGUCAAUAAUCUCUGAGGACGGUCACUCUGAUUCCAGCCACACUGAGGACGGUCAUUCUGAGUUCAGCAUCUUCGAGGAAAGCCACUCUGAGUCCAGCAGUUCUGAAGACGGUCACUCUGACUCCAGCCACAGUGAGGACGGUCAUUCUGAGCCCAGCAUUUCCGAGGAAAGCCUUUCUGAGUCCAACAGCUCUGAGGACGGUCACUCUGAUUCGAUCCACACUGAGGACGGUCACUCCGAGUCCAGCAGCUCUGAGGAUGGUCACUCUGAAUCCAGCCACACUGAGGACGGUCACUCUGAGUCCAGUAGUUCUGAGGAUGGUCACUCUGACUCAAGCAGCACCGAGGAUGGUCACUCUGUAUCCAGCAGCUCUGAGGAUGGUCACUCUGAGUCCAGUAGCUCCAAGGACAGCCACUCUGAGUCCAGCAGUUCUGAGGAUGGUCACUCUGACUCAAGCAGCACCGAGGACGGUCACUCUGAGUCCAGCAGCUCUGAGGAUGGUCACUCUGAAUCCAGCCACACUGAGGACGGUCACUCUGAGUCCAGCAGCUCUGAGGAUGGUCACUCUGAGUCCAGUAGCUCCAAGGACAGCCACUCUGAGUCCAGCAGUUCUGAGGACAGCCACGCUGAGGGCGGUCACUCUGACUCCAGCCACGCUGAGGGAGGUCAAUCUGACUCCAGCCACGCUGAGGAAGGUCAAUCUGACUCCAGCCACACUGAGGUCGGUCACUCUGAGUCCAGCAGUUCUGAGGAUGGUCGCUCUGACUCAAGCCACACUGAGGACGGUCACUCUGAAUCCAGAAGCUCCGAGGAUGGUCACUCAGAGUCCAGCAGCUCUGAAGACGGUCCAUCUAAAACCAGUAUCUCUGAGGACGACCACUCUGAGUAA